CAACCUUUAUCUUCAAUUCACUUUUCUAUCUCCUCAAAACAGGAGAGUAUGAAGUUGUUUCAUGUGUUAACGUGGACUGUUUUGGCGCAGGCAGUGUUUUCUUGGGACACGAAUGAUUUAGAAUUGUUUGAUUUAGUAGAGGAAGUAAACCAAAAUUUCUAUGAGUUCUUAGGAGUUCCAUCAACGGCCUUGUCAUCCGAAAUACGUAAAGCAUAUCGACGUCUGUCCCUUAGUCUUCACCCUGACAAAAGCAAAGAAGAAGAUGCUGAAGUCAAAUUUAGACAGCUGGUUGGUAUAUAUGAAGUUCUUAAAGACGAGGAAAAAAGAAAGAGAUAUCACUUAGUUUUAGAGAAUGGAUUACCAGACUGGCGACAACCUAUCUUUUACUAUCGUCGUGUUCGUAAGAUGGGCCUUAUGGAGUUCUUUGCCGUUAUCUUCGUCAUUACGACAGUGGGCCAGUACAUCGUUAUGUGGGCUGUGUACGUGGAGAAGAAGUUCACCCUGUCGGAAAACUUUGGAGAGAUGAGGGACAGAGCUAAAAGUAAAAAUCGUAAAGCUCGACAACAAAUUGAGGAGCAGAUAGACACUUUAUUAGAGGCUCAAAUGGAGGCUGUGCCCCGCCCCCGUGUCUCACAACUCUGGCCAAUCAUACUUACGGUCUUCACUGUUAUGUCCAUCAUUACUGCUCCGCAGAAACUGAAGAAGAGAAUGGAGGAAAAAGAGGAGAGGAGAAAACGAGAAGAGGAGGAAGCAAGAAGGAUUCUAGAGGAAGAGAUCCAAGCAAAAGAAGAAAAAUCAAAGCCUCGGUGUGAUGCGGCAUUGAAUCCAACAACAAUCAAAAUGGCAGAAGCAGAGGCAGUGGUGUACACUGAUACAAUCAAACGCACAAGUGAUGAUGAUCAGGAAUACAAACAAGUCAAGAUCGGGGAGUGGACAGAUGAGGAAAUAGCCAAACUCGCAAAGGCUGCCAACAAGUUUCCUGGGGGCACACCGAACCGGUGGCAGAAGAUUGCCGACAUGGUGGGCAGGCCUGCUGAGGAGGUAAUUUCUCGGUGCCAGAAAAUGAAGGAUAACCAUUCCAUGACAUUGUCCACCACUGUUCAAGGUGGAGUUGGAAAAUCCAAGAGAUCUCAGGCAAUAUCAGAUGAUAUCAUAUCCCAGAAGACGGUAGAAAAUGUGUGCAGUCAUCCUAACAAUGAAUUGUCUCCAAAAAGUGAUUCACAACUCAGAAAGAGAAAUAAAAUUGUCAAAAAGACAGAUGAUAAAACAUCAAUGGUAUCGAAUGCUCAUAUGCUGAAGAGCUCUACCAAGGGAAAUAAUUCUUCUGAAGAGGGAGCAACUGAAGAGAAUUCUCAAAACAAUUUAAAACUUACUGAUGAUUCAGAUGACUGGAAUAAAAAUCAACAGACAAUUCUAGAGUGGGCAUUAAGACAGUACCCAAAAGGGACUGAUCAAAGAUGGGAGAAAAUAGCUCAACAUUUACCUGGAAAGUCAAAGGAAGAUUGCAUAUACAGAUAUAAGUAUCUUGUGGACUUGGUCAAGAAAAAGAAAGAACAAACAUCGAAAAAAGAGUGAUGGAAGGAUUAGCUUAAGCGUGUAAAUUAAUGAAGAAAAGUGUUGAUGAUAAUUAGGACAGUGUGUUGCUGAAAGUGUUGUGAAAAAGUUCAAUUUUUCAAAUGCAUGAACUUGAAGCAUUUGUAGCUCAUCUGUGCCAAAGACUGUAGUAAGUUUUCCUGAUCAAGGUUUGGCUGGUGUCUAUCUAUUGCAGUGUAUAUAAACAAAUACAGUCGAACUUCGGUAUCUCGAACACCGAUAUCUCGAGUACCAUGGAUAUGUCUAAGAGAUUUGGAAGACCCAACCACUUAUUCUCUAAGUAUUUUACCCUCAAUAUCUCGAAUCUUUGGAUAUCUCAAAGUCUUUUCUCAGUCCUAUUGAGUUUAAGAUAAUGAGGUUCGACUGUAUGUGUGGGGCAUAAAAUUUUGAUAUUUUCACCAGGAUGAUCUUCUCCAAAACCAAUGGCCCAAAUUCAAUUAAACUUAACACAAAAUAUUCUUUUAAAAGUGAGUAGGAUUCAAGUUUGUUUAAAUAAUGGAUCAUGUCCCUUUGAAAGGUAGAUCAAGAAAUACUGAAAAGUAGGUGGGAGCUUUACAUUUUUUUUUCUUCUCAAGAAUCACUUGAUCAGAAAAUCUAAAAUUUGAAUGAAAGCCUCUUUAUAUUGUGAAGAAACCAUGACCCCUGGGGCAGGAUAGAGCUACUGUAGAGGUGUAGCUUUUGACAUAGGAAUGCAGUACAACAGGGCUACAACAAGCAUUUAUCAUAUGGCCAGCGAAAAACAGUUUGUCAUGGUGAAACUUUUAUCAUAUUCAAUAAAACUUUAAUCAUUUCCCUUUCAUAGGGGAAUAAAUAUAAUUACUUUGCAGUAAGAGUGAAUUCAUUAUAUGCAUGUUUUAUUGUAUGUAUGAAAAAUUAAUUCUCAAGAAUCAUAAAGGUAUAAAUAAGUUUGUCUGAUUAAUUAUAUGCAAUCAUCUUCAUGCAGUGUGGACAUCAGUUUGCUCACAUAAUGACCCAAGGGGUCAGGAUGGGGUCCCAAGGUGGGGUUCAAGUUUUGAAUAGAAAUAUAAUGCAUGUAAGAGAUGUCUCAACAAGAAACAAGUGGACCAUAUUAUUUGAAAUCAAUAUGUUGUGUGUACAGUCAAACCAUAUUUGAUAUUGUUAUUUUACUUGGGGAAUAUACACGCGAUACGAUUAGUAGGUGAGUAAUGUGGCUCAUGGGCUUCUUAUUUGUUAAGCCAAAGGAAAAACUUUUUAUAACCAAACAAGCUGACAGAAAGGUGUGAAUUUAAUUCUAUUUUGUAGUAAAGUUAACAUUUCACAGAAAAUGUAGGCAACGUGAUGUAAUGUAAUAAAAUGUAGUAUUUGAAUGAUAUUCUAGUGAGGAAAAUUGAAGAAAAUUACACAUUAUCAAAACUAUUCGUGAUCAGAUUAAAGAAAUUAUCACUUUGUUAAAAGUCGGUAUGAAGAAGUACAUGUAUCAGUUUGUGCAAUUUGUUGUAUUUUAGAUAUAAGCACCAGCUUAUUAGAACACGCCUAAUCAAAGCUGAACUUGACAAAUACAUGUAUAUGCUUUGCAAUUAUGCAAAGGAAUUUUGUCAGUGUAAUUAUUUUGUAAUCUACUUGCCAGAUGGAUUGAUGCAGUCACAGAAUAAAUACUGUAUCAAGAGGAAAA